AUGACGUCCACAUGGUCAGAGCAGAGAGUGACGUCCACAUGGUCAGAGCAGAGUGACGUCCACAUGGUCAGAGCAGAGAAUGACGUCCACAUGGUCAGAGCAGAGAGUGACGUCCACAUGGUCAGAGCAGAGCACAGGAGGGUCUGGCAGGAGGAGCAGGAGGAGCAGGAAGUGCAGAAUGAGCAGGAGGUGCAGUUGGAGCAGAAUGAGCAGGAGGAGCAGUUGGAGCAGGAGGUGCAGAAUGAGCAGGAGGUGCAGUUGGAACAGAAUGAGCAGGAGGAGAAGUUGGAGGUGCAGGAGGAGCAGAAUGAGCAGGAAGUGCAGAAUGAGCAGGAGGUGCAGUUGGAGCAGGAGGUGCAGUUGGAGCAGGAGGUGCAGUUGGAGCAGGAGGUGCAGUUGGAGCAGGAGGUGCAGUUGGAGCAGGAGGUGCAGUUGGAGCAGAAUGAGCAGGAGGUGCAGAAUGAGCAGGAGGUGCAGAAUGAGCAGGAGGUGCAGAAGGAGCAGGAGGUGCAGAAGGCGCAGGAGGUGCAGAAGGAGCAGGAGGUGCAGAAGGAGCAGGAGGAGCAGUUGGAGCAGGAGGUGCAGAAUGAGCAGGAGGUGCAGGAGGUGCAGUUGGAGCAGGAGGUGCAGAAUGAGCAGGAGGUGCAGUUGGAGCAGGAGGUGCAGAAUGAGCAGGAGGUGCAGUAUGAGCAGGAGGUGCAGUUGGAGGAGCAGAAUGAGCAGGAGGAGCAGUUGGAGGAGCAGAAUGAGCAGGAAGUGCAGAAUGAGCAGGAGGUGCAGUUGGAGCAGGAGGUGCAGUUGGAGCAGGAAGUGCAGAAUGAGCAGGAGGUGCAGUUGGAGCAGGAGGUGCAGUUGGAGCAGGAGGUGCAGUUGGAGCAGGAGGUGCAGAAGGAGCAGGAGGUGCAGAAGGAGCAGGAGGUGCAGAAGGAGCAGGAGGUGCAGAAGGAGCAGGAGGUGCAGGAGGAGCUGUCUCUGCUGGAGGAGUGGCGUGGGGUCCGAGACGACGCCCUCUCAGAUCUCAGUGGGAUCAAAGGCUGUAUCUUCGUCCACGCCAGCGGCUUCAUCGGCGGAAACAAGACCCAGGACGGCGCUCUGGAGAUGGCGCGGAGGACCCUGCAGGCGGCGGCUAACGGACAGAGCUAA